UGAAAGCUAACUUUUUGAAUAUCAAAAAUCUACUUCCUGUACCUGCGCACUGUUUAUCUUCCUUUAUCGAAAAUGUCUAAGAGAGGAAGGGGUGGAACCGCUGGUGGAAAAUUUCGCAUCGCACUGGGUCUUCCAGUGGGUGCAGUUAUUAACUGUGCCGACAAUACAGGAGCCAAGAACCUAUAUGUUAUUGCCGUGAGUGGCAUUAAAGGUCGUCUUAACAGACUUCCAGCUGCAGGUUCAGGAGAUAUGUUUGUAGCAACAGUCAAGAAAGGCAAGCCAGAAUUAAGGAAAAAAGUAAUGCCUGCCGUUGUCAUUCGCCAGAGGAAACCUUUUCGUAGAAAGGAUGGUGUAUUUAUCUACUUUGAAGAUAAUGCUGGUGUAAUUGUUAACCCAAAAGGAGAAAUGAAAGGAUCUGCUAUCACAGGACCUGUAGCAAAAGAGUGUGCUGACCUUUGGCCUCGUAUUGCCUCAAACGCUAGCUCAAUAGCUUAAAUUGUUAACGUAAUAAAUACAGGUUACUUUAAAA